AUGGAUACCCUCAAAGUUGCCUUGAAUGUCUUAAUCAAUGCCUUAACCGAUGCCUCUGAGGAUGAUGUCCAGCAGUUACUCCGCUCUGAACGCACCAAAGUAUACGAGACGGCGAAAAGGCUUCAAUUAUUGUCACCUCCGCCCGCGUCCCAAUCUUCUGCUAUACCCACUCUAUCUCUCCUCUUUCCCGCCGAUACUAGGGAUACACCAACUCCCAACAGAGCCAGCAACGCAUCAGUCGUUAAUCAUAAUAUCACUUCUUCGCCCUGUUCCCCCUCAGGCAGAACCAGCAACGCACCGACUGUUGGCUGCAAUGGCACCUCUCCAACUUCUCCAUCCUAUCCCUCCUUAGACAGCACCAGCGACGUACUGAAUAUCAAAGCAUCUACAAGGCAUCGCCUCACCGAUUGCGAAAUCAAGUCAAAGUGCAUAUCGAUACUUGAUACUUUAAGUUCUCACCGCAAAAAAAUUCGAAAAUUUACAACUAAAACGGUACAAAUUGCAGUUGGCCGUCCACCGAGCGAACAACUAGACCUAGACUUUCGCCUUUUAGAUAUCUCCCAUGGUACCAGCCUCCACGCCAAAAGCGAUCAGGAUAAGUUUCGAGUCACCCUCGCCGAGAUACAUCUUGCAUUAGAAUUCGAGCAAUGGGAAAUUGCAGGAUUCGGGGGUCUUUCAAGAAUUCAAAAAAUUAUAAGAAACUUCGAUACGGCAAACCAAAAAAGGGGCCGGGGGAGGACAUUCCUGAGAGGACUCGGAAUCCCCAGUAACAAUUUGAAGAUGGUGUCGCUAGCCCUUGGUCGCGGGAUUAAAUCUCUUGUCAUCGAACGUCUGCUCUUCCAAGAGACCGUGCUACUACGGAAGAGUGGCAAAUCCAGCAGGGCAUCAUCUGACGCAGCUGGGGGAACAGAAUCUAUCAUGGGAACUGGCUCCACGUACGCGUCCGACGAUCACGAAGAGACCAUGCCCGACGAUCACGAAGAGACCGUCUCCGAUGAAGAGACGGACACGGACGAAGAGACCGUCCCCGACGAAGAGACGGACACCGACGAAGAGACGGACACCGACGAAGAGACCGUCCCCGACGAAGAGACGGACACCAACGAAGAAACGGACACCAAUGAUCACGAAGAGACAAACGCCAAUGAUUGCGAGAUGAACAUAGGAGUAGUAGCCUUUUCGACGUUUAUAUAUACGGAGUGGCACAAGAUACCUUAUAAUCACAUUCAAAUCUUCGUCCGGGAAUUGUUAAGAUAUUGUAAACUGCUCAAGCUUGCGAAAAAUACAACGCCCUGGAUGAAGGAAGCCUAACGUUAUUAUAAUAGUCAAGUUAAUCGUAGUACAAAGCGAAAACGACAGCAGGCGGCCUCCCAGCCUGCUCCUCCUACCUCUCGCCGCAAGUUGAUA